GCAUGUGUGAGGGUGUGUGUGUGUAUGUGUGUGAUUAGACUCGGUGAACCUGUGCGACGGUGUCUCUACUGGGGAGCAGUGACUCGCCUCAGCGCCUCCUCUGUGCCGGCGCUGUGUUGUCAUGCUCGAAGCCUGAUGCGCUCAGAGGACACGGGGAGACAGCGAGAGGGGCGUGAUGGCCGGACGCGCCCUGACUCGGUCAUGCAUCUCCAGAUAUCCGCCCGGGCUUCUGCUGGCUUCUCCUCCUGAUCCCCUUCAGCCCUCAUCAAUGUCCUUCCUGUGCGUCUCCGUGAGGCUGCCUACCCUCCCGCCGCCCGCUCUCUGAACGGAUGCUGCUGUCAACACAUGUGUGGCUUGCAGUGAGAGCCCAUGAUCUGGACUGGACUACAUACAACUCUGGGUGAACAGUGCCAUGCUGCUUUAGGGUGACACUGAUGCAUUUUUAAAGACUUCACCUUUACAGCUGCUGUUGAUCAAAUUCUUGAUGACGUAUGAUGCGGGGCAGCUGUUAUUCUGAAUUGAAUCUUGAUUUUUUUUGUGUGCUCUGAGUGAAGAGGAUGGACUGAGCAACAUAUAACAUGGGGGUUGUUGCAAAUAAAAAUAAGGUCAAGUAAAUAAUUACCAUCCGGAAUGAGGCACAAUAAUGAAGAUUUAUUAGCCACAGUAGCUGCAUACAUAUGCAGCGGGUAGAUUUUAAUUGGCUGUUUUCUAGGAACAAAAGAGCUGUUGGACUGCACUGACAGUGUGUUAAAGGUUGUCAGGAAGAAGAGUGGAUUUAUUUUUCCCAGAGAAUUGAAAAUUAAAGUCAGAGAAGAAAUCCGUGACUGAAAUUAAAAUCCGAAACAAAGAAAUAGGGAUUUGGGGGAUGGAUGAAACCGACGGCCGCUCUGCUGUUGAAUCUUCCAAGGAGAAACUUAAUCUUCCUCCAUGUAAGUUUUCUGUCACGGUCGUGUUGUCAGAUUCUCUCGCAUCCCAACACGCUGACGAACUGUCAGUCUUCCAUGUCGCUCUGUCUGGUUUCAUUCAUCUACUGUGUGUCCACUGAAGCUUGACCACAUGAGCGGAGGCGGCGCCCUGCAGCAACGCACCACCUACCUCAUCUCCCUCACCCUGGUCAAAGUAGAGGCUGUGGAGGAGAAUGGAGGGGAGGCCAAGAACAGCACCCAGGGGAAGGAGGUGGAGGCCGGGCCUGGAGGAAAGGCCGGAGAGGAGGCCCGACAGAGAGCCGAGCCUGGAGGUGAAGCUCCUGCAAGGGCGGAGAACGGAGCUGGACAGCCGCAAAGAGCCGAGGAUGCUGCUGUUGUGAAAGCGGCCAAGUUGAGUGAUGAAGUCAAAGAUGGAGAGAGAAAACCCGUCAGCCCUCUGAAGGAUAAACUGCCCUCUGAUGUCCAGAGCAAAGGCAGCGAGAAGCCGCCAUGCAACCUCUCCAUCCCCUCAUCUGCCGAGAGAGUGAAGACUGCAGAGAUCGACCUCACACGAGUCGAGAAGACGCCGUCCACCCCAGAGGCCAAGCAGUGCAGGUCCCCAUCACUGACCACAACCCCUCCAACAGAGGCGGUGGAGCCCAGCCGCACCCCGACCAGGACCAGCCUGCCGAUCCGUCCGGUGGGACAGCGGCCCGUGAGCCUGCUGAAGUCUCACAGCAGUGUGGCCACCCGAGGUCGCGAGUCCAGGGACGGUAGAGAGCGCAGCCCGACCUCAGCACAGAGCCUGGACCGGAAGGACUGCCGCAUGCCGACGCGCUCGCCGGGCCCUUGCAGGGCCUCAUGGGCCGAGGCCAGCAGGCCCGAAGGAUGGAGGGACCUGCGGGAUGAAGCACAAGCUGGAAUACCUCUGGACAUCGGAGGUGGCAUGGCUGCAGUGAUGAGAGACAUGCCCAGAAAGGAGAGACUAAAGACUGGCUCGGCCUCGCUGCCUGCGCCUCAAAACCAAGGCCACAAACCGGCACGCAAAGGUAAAAGCCGCACGCUGGAUAACAGCGACCUGAACAGCCUCUCUGAAGACCUGGGGCUGGCCAGGGAGGCCCAGCAGGCCCAGCAGGGCCAACGGGGCUCCGCUAAAGACAGGAAGAUGCUCAAGUUCAUCAGUGGGAUUUUCACAAAGAGCAGCUCAGGGGCGGCGGGGUCGUCGUCCACGGCGCCGCCGGUCUACAUCCAGAGAGACUCCAGCGAGGAGGAAGUAAAUAUUGCCAACAGCCAGGAGUGGACCCUGAGCAGAUCCAUCCCAGAGCUCAGACUGGGCAUUCUGGGAAGUCUAAAAAGUGGCAAGUCAGCGCUGGUGAACAAAUACAUCACAGGCAGUUAUGUUGCUCUGGAGAAGCCCGACGGUGGCCGUUAUAAAAAGGAAGUGCUGGUGGACGGACAGAGUCACUUAUUACUGAUCCGGGAGGAAGCUGGACCACCUGAUGCACAGUUCAGCAGCUGGGUGGACGCAGUGAUCCUGGUCUUCAGUCUGGAGAACGAGGGGAGCUUCCAGGAGCUCUACCAGCUCUACAGCCAGCUGAGCGCUCACCGCCACGACAUCCCCGUCAUCGUGGUCGGCACCCAAGAUAAAAUCAGCAGCACCAACCCUCGUGUGAUCGAGGAUCAGAGAGCCAGACAGCUCUGCAUCGACGUGCGUCACUCGCUGUUUUACGAGACCUGCGCGACCUACGGCUUCAACGUCGACCGAGUGUUUUCAGAAGCUGCUCAGAAGAUUGUAGCUCAGAAGAAGCAGGCGGCGCUGCAGGCCUGUAAGUCUCUCCCAAACUCUCCCAGUCACUCCGGAGGCUCCACACCUGGAUCUGCCUCGUUCCCCGGACAGGCCAGUAAUGGCUCGAGUUGCGGCUACGCCUACUCCCUCCCCUCCACGCCAGUGAUCGGCCACAGAGAGCUGCGGGUGGCUCAGGGCGAGGGGGGCGGGAGCGUCAACUCCCGAGCUCUGAAGGGCAUCCCCCGACGGCCCUCCCUCUUCAAGAACCGGGACCCAGAUAAGAAGUCGGGUGACGGUAAAGGAGACCUGAGCGGGGCGCGGGGCGUUCCCAUCAAACAGAGCAUCCUGUGGAAGAGAAGCGGCAGCUCUCUGAAUAAGGAGUGGAAGAAGAAAUACGUUACCCUGUCCAACAAUGGCACGCUGUCCUACCACUCCAGUUCCAGUGAUUACACGCAGAACAUCCACGGAAAGGAAAUCGACCUGCUGCGUGUGACGGUUAAAGUUCCCGGGAAACGUCCUCCAAGAGCCGUGGCUCCUGCGGGGCCCUCGCCUGUCCCCCCAGGCUCUGCACCGGGAGUCAACGGGCUGAGUAAAGAGCCGACUACUGCUGAAAGCACCAGUACAGUUCCUCAGUUGUGUCCCGCCACUUUGUCUGUGGUUGACGAUCGCUCCGGUGGUCUGACGCCUCAAGGAGGAGACAGAGGGCUUCAGCGCUGCCCCUCCUCACUGUCCACCAAAGCACAAAGUGUCGACGCCCUUGAAGGAGCGGCCAGUCCCUUCGCUGGGAAAGACCCCGGCCAGUCGUCUCCCAUGAGCGACAGGAAGAAGAACAGGAGGAAGAAGAGCAUGAAUCAGAAAGGAGAUGCAGCUGUAGGGCAGGCUGAAGCCAAACGCAAAAUGUGGAAAUUAAAGAGCUUUGGUAGCUUGAGAAACAUUAAUAAGACAGAGGAAGAGAACGCGGACUUCAUCAUCGUGUCGUUCACCGGGCAGACGUGGCACUUUGAGGCUCAGAGCCUGGAGGACCGGGACUCGUGGGUGUCGGCGAUAGAGAGUCAGAUCCUGGCCAGUCUGCAGUCCUGUGAGAGCGGCAGAAACAAGGCCCGGAGGAGCAGCCAGAGCGAGGCUGUAGCGCUGCAGGCCAUCCGUAACGCCAAGGGCAACGGUCUGUGUGUCGACUGCGAAGCACCAAAUCCCACCUGGGCCAGUCUCAACCUGGGCGCGCUGAUCUGCAUCGAGUGCUCGGGGAUCCAUCGAAACCUGGGGACUCACCUGUCUCGAGUCCGCUCGCUGGACCUGGACGACUGGCCCGGAGAGCUCACACAGGUCCUGGCUGCCAUCGGAAACCACAUGGCCAACAGCAUCUGGGAGAGCUUCACCCAGGGCCGCACCAAACCCACACCCAACGCCACACGCGAGGAGAGAGAGUCGUGGAUUCGUGCAAAGUACGAGCAGCGAGCGUUCGUGCCGCCUCUCCAGCCGGCCCCGGGGCCCCAGCCUCCGGACGACGGCAUGCCGACGUGGCUGCUGUCUGCGGUGACUGACAGAGAUCUGCCCAAACUGCUGCUCCUGCUGGCCCACAGCACCAAGGAGCAGAUCAACGCUCCGCCGGCCGGGCCGACCACGGUGCCGCGCUCCGCCCUGCACGCUGCCUGUCAGCUGGGAGACGUCGUCAUGACACAGCUGCUCGUCUGGUAUGGAAUCGACGUGAAGGCGAAGGAUAACCAGGGCCAGACAGCGAUGAGGAUGGCCAGAAAAACCGGAAGCAAAGGCUGCAUUGAUAUUCUGCUGCAGCACGGCUGUCCCAACGAGACGUCCCCCACCACUGCCACGCCCGUCCUCUCCCGCCGCUCCAGCACCGCCAGCCUGGGCCGUACCAGCUCCAGGAAACGUGUGUCGUAGCGCAAACCACCACGGAGGAGCUGGGGGAGGAACUGGAGGAUUUAUUGUUUAAAAAAAAACAUUAAAAAAAAAUACUUUGGAGAACUAUCAGAACAGGACUAUAUCGUAGUACAAAAUAGUUCCUGAAGACUGAACAACAUAUCAAACACCUUAAAAGCAAUAUUCAUUCGAUUUGUUGAUGGCAGAUAUGUUGCUGAAAUACUGUGUUGUUGUUGACCUCAUUUCAACUCAAGCAGAACUUUGUAGCUGUACUUUUAGAGCAGACAAACUGCUUCCUGUUUCACUUCCUCCAGAAGAAGUGCAAUAAUCAGACUGUGACGACGAAAAAGCAACAAGUCACAGAGAGUCGGACGACAUCAAGGGGGUGCUGCUUUUAUUCAGAUUUGUCGUGACUGGACCAAAACAGCUCCUAUUUUCUUUGGCUUUACGAAUAAAAACCUACAGUCUGUCAUGUUGUUAGUUAUGUGUGCCUGUCGCAGCAGUACGGAGGCCGGCUCGGCCCAUAAAAACUGUUCUUCAGUGACGAAUCAGCUGAAAUAACUCUGCUUAGACUAGAAAAAUGAAUGGUUUGGAAAAUGAAAUAUGUCAGUGUUACUCUCACAGGUCAAAGAUGUUUGAAGGCGUUUUAAUAUACUGUAAAUGUACCUAUACUACAUACUUAAUGUUAAACUCUGUAACGAAGACACAACUGAAAAAUCAAAGACUCAAUUUUGUAAAUGAUUUCUACUGGUAGUUUUGAAACUAUGUCAAGUUUGUUUUUUCAUCGUCUCCUAUGAUUUCAUAUUCUCCUACAUGUCAUUAAAAAGCAUAAAAAGCAGUAAAAUGCUUUUACAUGAUGUGAACGUGUGGAUAUUAGUUGGAGGUUUUAUUUGGGGACGACUACAGAGAGACAUUGUUCACGUCCAUGUCCCUGUCGUGUCGGUCUGUCCCACCAGUUUACAGUGGCAUAUGAAGAGUUGCAGGUGUCGCUGUUAUUUCUGACACUUUGUGGGUCGUGUGAAUCUCUCAUGGGCAAAAAGAAAUGGUUACCGGACAAAAUAAAAUAAACUUUUUUUAAUUAGCAUUAUCAUGA